AUGGAACUUGCAUUCAACGUCACUGGCCCUGGCCCGCUCAGUCAGGUAGGAGUUCAUAUCCUCAGCUUGGAUACCGCCGUCAAUUUGGCUACUGGGGCGAUUGGAUGGUGGAAGUCGCGCAGCCGAUCCCUUUCUCUAGUGGAGUCCAUCUCAGCUAGCAAAGCGUCACUAGUAUGCAGCAGUAGUUUCAACGUCGUCAGUUAUCGAGACCGGAGAAGUCAGACAGGACGUGUAAGGGGACUUGCUGUUCAGAAUAAUGAGCUCAGUGCCAUUCCAGGGAGUAUAAUGCAGACUGCUGUCUCGAAUGACCCAGGGCUCGACUGUCUCAGGGCGCUUACAACGGGUCUCCUGGUCUUUUAUGACGUCCAGAAAGUUACGACCAUUCUUGCAGAUGUCGUUCCCUUUGGCAUGCUUCAGCCGGAUCAUGACGAUGGAAUGCCUGAGUUUGCAGGGCCUCUCCUCUCUAGUCUUCGGGACUGGGUGGCUUCUGUCGCGGCGGAGGAGGACUGCAAUACCUAUCGAUCUCAUCUGUUGGAUUUGGCUUCGACAGCCCAGGAUAAGCUGAUAGGAAUGGGAAUACCGCGCAGUGCGAUCUUAGAUCACAGUGCUGAUGACACCAACCAUCUUCUCGGAGCUUUGAGGUGGAUGGUGACACCACGCCAUAGGCGCGAUGUAACAAACUAUCCUACUCGCUCUCUCUACGUUUGGAGGACAGCCGUUGUCAUGGCAGAGCUCGCGUUUGACAUCUCUGCAUCCUCGGAACUAAUCCAGACGGAGACUCAGUAUCAGGAAUUUAUAAACAACACUACAGACUUCAGCCACUACUCUGACAUCGCUCUCGUUACCACUUCUGUUGGCGAUACCGACCCCUGGAUGCUUCAGCAGGUACACAUGGAGUCGCUUCGGCUACGGCCGCAGGUGACACCAAUCCGCAGUAUACCCCAUAGUGUGUUUGGCCACGUGGGCCUGGAAGCUGGAAAUGUCGAACCGGAAGAGCUCGUUGAAAUAUGGAACAUCUCCUUCCGUUACGCCAAGGCCGCCGUGGGCGCUCCCUCAUUAACACGUGGGGGGAACGUCCUCCUUCCUGCUGGCAGUGACAUGGAGCUAGUACGAGAAAGCCAUAAGCACCUUGUUGGCAUUUGGUCGCCGCAUAUGGCACGGAUCCUCCGCCCUGCGAUGGAGUUAUAUAUCCCCGCAUCUUCCCGAGAUCCAGCUUGGUCCCAGACAGAGAUCUUAGCGUACCUGGAGCGUCAGAGGAGCGGUGAUCCAGAAACUACUCUUAAUGACCAUGAUGUGAGGAACAAUGUAUUGAAAUUAUCAGCAAUUCUUCUCGGCUCUAUAUACGGGGCCUGCUUCCAAUCAUUGAAUCCAAUGGUAGCCGCCAACGGAAGAGAGGGAAGAGACGCUGCUUCAUCCGAGUUCCUGGAAGUUGCAUUUUCCCCAGAGAGAAUCAUUGAAGACAAGCUGUUCCGAUGGACAGCGACUCUAGGCCUCGCUCUGGGCGGUCUUCUGGAAUCGAGCAGGUGGACCGGUCUUCUCCUUGAACUCACUACAGGUGUUGAGCACCCGAAGCCUUUGGACGAACAGCCUUCUGCGGGACUCUUGGGCCGUCGGCUGAACCUCACAUCUGCUCAAUCCGGUGUCAUAAACGAGUCUCACGUGAGAGUGUCUGACAUCUUCGGGUGCCAAGCAAACGGAGUUUUCGCAAUAUCCGAAUUCAUCGUUCGACCGUCAACAGACGCAAGCAGCUCUCUGAAGUUCCACGUCGGCACAGGCCGUAUACUGAACCUCCCAGUUGACGAGUCAGGUUACGUCCGGGAAUCUCCCAUAAGCGCCUCCGCCCUAGAGCUGCCCAUAGACCCUUCCCCCAGCUUAGAGAUGCUGUCAAGACAAAGUGGUGCCUCUAGCACGCCCAACGACUUCCGGAUUGAUGCAGAGCCGCAUUGGGACGUGAACGCGCAAAAUAUAUGCUUUGUGAUUCGCAGUGCAGGAGUUGUAGUUUCCACCUUGAGGAUAUCGUUGGUCUUGGAGCGAUUACUCAACCAAGUUGUCUCGUGUAAAUGCGGAGAGCCACAGAGUUCAGUGCGAGUUCCACUUUCCGAGAGAUGGCAGGCGGUUACAGUCUACCAGAUACUUCGGCCCAGUUACCCCGGUGGGUCUCGAUUGAGUGCAUACAUCAGAGACGAGGACAAAAUUAUGGUGGACGUUGAAGGCGACGAGGUGAAGCGGAUUCUUGUGGUGGGGUCGUUGAGGUGUCGCAAGGUUAUACUAUGUCCGGAUUGCGUGCGCUGCGCAUAUGACAAUAUUAAAAACAGGGAAAAGAGGGAGAGCGUGGCUUUAAUUGUUGGGUAA